GUAGCUGACUCUGACUCUGUCGCUGACUCUGAAUCAGUAUCUGGGAAUCUUUUGUGUGCGAGUUUGAGCUAUAAAAUUCUAUUCGAAAAUGAACUUGAAAAUGUUGCAGCUGCCUCAGCUGCCUCAGCUGCUGCAGCUGCUUGUGUGGCUCUGCUGUGUGCUGCCGCUGGCUGCCCCGGCACGCUGGCAGCCAGAGUCCACAUGCAAUUUGAUGACCAAGUCCUUGAUGGAUCUGUACGGGCAGCUGAAGCUGCGCCCCCUAUUGGGGGGCGAUCAGAAGUUCCUGAAGGACACCAGUGGCGCCCUCAUGCAGUUUCAGCUGUGUGCCGAUCCGUCGGUAUGCUUCUCGGACAGGCAGAACAUCCUCGUGAAGGACGAGGACGAUGAGGAGUAUGAGGAUACGGCCGCAGACGAUGAUAAUGAUGAUGAUAAUAAAUGCGAGCACGACAACGAUGAAGAGGAGGAGGAGCCUGAGGAAGAGCAGGGGGAGGACCAGGAGCAGGACCAGGAUCUGGAUGAUGAUGAUGAUGAUGAUGGAUCCUUUAUGGAGCGGGUAUCCUGCAUCAUAAAGGGCCUGCACGAGAGCUCCCGAGCCAUUGCCGAUGACCUGAAGGACUUGGAAGCGCAGCUGCAGGGACGACUGGAGAAGCAGAAGCAGGAUGCAGGCCAGGACACCGAAUCAGCUGGCGCUGACGAAGAGGAGCAGACGACGCCAGACGAGUGCACGAAUCAGCAGUCAGCGGAAGAGGAGGGGCAAGGGGAAGGGCAAGGGCAAGGGGAAGGUGAAGUGGACAAGUCCACAGAAGAGUGUGAGAAGUGCGAGGAGGAUGCCGGGGGAGAGCCGCAGCAGAAGGACGACUCCGAGGAGGAGCAGCAGCAGGAAGACGAGUGCGAAGUGGAGCCAAAAGAAGUGCCCGAAAAGAUACCCGACAUGGAUCCCCCUCCCAACUCGCAGAAGUGCCCCCUCACAAUGGCCGAGGACGAUGACGAUGAGGCAGCCGAACCAGAGAACGACUAUGACAACGACAUGGACAACGACAACGACAUGGACAUGGAUAUGGAUAUGGACACCGACAUGGAUAUGGAUAUGGAUAUGGAAAUGGAACCCGAUGCCGAGCCCGAGCAGUCGGAUAUGUAUCCGCUGCUGCAGCUGCUGAAGUACGAGCAGCAGCCCCUGCAGUCCGCCAAGGCCAGCCCCUGCCUGGCCCAGAAGCUCUGCGGUGAGAGCUCCCUGUGGGACGAUGACCUUGCCAUGGAGGGGCACUGCCACGGCAGCGCCGACCCCGACGACUGCCUGGAUUCGGAUUGGGAAACUGAUCUGUAUAAUUUUUACUGCUGAUCACCCAACCCAACCCCCACACCCACACC